GAAUAAGAACAGUAUGACUCUAAGCAGGAUCCUAUACCUCAGUUGACUUGGCUGGAAACAUCCAUGAUUCCCUUGACAUUUGACAUCUGACAUCAUGGCGAGCCCAGCUAAGAAGCGGAAACUGAACAGCAGCAACUCAAAGCAAGCUGCCUUGCCAUCAAAGGGUCUAGAAUACUUCUUCUCCAAACAGAAGCAGAAGGGGGAGUCCAAAUCUGUAUCACCGGCCCAUGAAGAGGAUAAGGGUAAACCAGAACAGGAGCCACCACCCCAGCAGUUGACAGACGAGGAAUUCGCAAGGAAGCUCCAGGCUGAAUGGGACGAGGAAGCACGCAACGGCAUAGCCCAUGAUAAACCUCAGACUGAGACCGAACGUGGCUCGCCGGCAAGUGCAGAUAUCAAAGCAGAACCAGCCCAGCAACCCCUUCAGCAACCUCCUGAGCCGACUGCCAUUCCAACCAGAGCUGCGUCAGGCAAAACCGGAAACACCCUGUCACUCUCAUCAGCUGCAGCAACAGAGGACCUUGCCUCGUCAUCCAUCCCUUUGGAUGAGAGCCCACUCACGUUUGACACCUCAAAAUACCUCCCUCAACUGCAAGGAUCCUGGUCGGCAGAAGGUGGAGAUGCAUCCUACGCCCUGCUAACGAGAUGCUUCGUAUUGGUGAACGGUACAACAAGCCGUAUCAAGAUCGUCGAUACACUUGUCAACUCCGUCCGGCUCCUCAUCGAAGGCGAUCCUUCCAGUCUCCUGCCAGCAGUAUGGCUAGCCACCAACGCCAUAUCGCCCCCCUACAUCUCCAUGGAAUUGGGCCUAGGUGGCUCCGCCAUCUCCAAAGCCCUCAAGCAAGUCUGUGGGUUGGAUAACCGGUCGUUAAAGGCUAUCUACGACAAGCUCGGCGAUCCCGGGGAUGUGGCAUUUGAGGCGAAGAAGAAGCAGAGCUUCACGCUGCGCAAGCCGAGGCCUCUGACCAUUAAGGGCAUGUACCAAUCGCUGGUCAAGAUAGCCAAGAAUCAGGGCCCCGGCAGCGGAGAGGUCAAGCAAGGGUUAGUGGACCGGCUGCUGCAAGAUGCUAGGGGUGGCGAAGAGAGCAGGUAUAUUGUGAGGACUUUGUGUCAACAUCUGCGCAUCGGGGCGGUUAAAACGACGAUGCUCAUUGCAUUGUCGAGGGCAUUCCUCCUCUCCCGACCCGCUGGGGCGGACUUCCCGACCCGAGAUCCAAAGGAACUGGCGAAACUCAAGAAGGAAGAACUUGCCGAGAUAUGGGCAAGGGGGGAGGAAAUCGUCAAGGCUUCCUUUGCCAGACGCCCGAAUUACAACGACAUGGUCCCCGUCCUGCUCGAGAUCGGUAUCACAGAAGAGCUGCUCGUCCGAUGCGGGCUCUCCCUGCAUAUUCCUCUUCGACCCAUGCUGGGGAGUAUCACGAGAGAUCUCUCCGAGAUGCUCACCAAACUCCAAGGGCGCGAUUUCGCGUGUGAAUACAAAUACGACGGGCAAAGGGCCCAGGUACACUGUGACGCAGGAGGGAAGGUUUCGAUAUUCUCAAGGCAUCUCGAGUUGAUGACUGACAAAUAUCCCGACCUGGUGGCGCUCGUGCCCAAGAUCAGGGGAGAGGGCGUCGAAAGCUUCAUCAUGGAAGGGGAGGUGGUUGCCGUAGAUCGCCAGACGGGAGAGCUGAGGAAUUUCCAGACCCUGACGAACCGAGCCCGAAAGGAUGUCGAGAUCGGCAGUAUCACGAUCGACGUCUGCUUGUUCGCAUUCGACCUCAUGUACCUUAACGGCGAGCCUCUCCUCGACCGGGCGUUCCGCGAACGACGAGAGUUGUUGCGGUCUCUCUUUGUGGAGAUCCCGCACCACUUCACCUGGGUCAAGAGCAUUGAUGCCACGUCACAGGACUCUGAAGCCGUUCUGGAGUUCUUCAAAUCGGCCACGGACGCGAAGUGCGAGGGGAUCAUGGUCAAGAUCCUCGACAACCUCCCGGACCUGGAAUAUGCUGAUGGCGGCGGUGGUGGCGCGGAUGCAGAAGUUAGCCUACCCGACAACCCUGCCUCUCCUUCGAAGAAACCUACAAACUCCAAGCCAAAAGGCAGGAAGGGCAAAUCCGCAUCAGAAGGGCCCGCCUCAGAAAAGAAAUCCAAGUCCCGGCGCAAGCCCCUGCUAGCGACCUACGAGCCCGACAAGCGGCUCGACUCGUGGCUCAAAGUCAAGAAGGACUACCACUCGAGCUUCGACACGCUGGACCUCAUCCCUGUCGCGGGCUGGCACGGCCAAGGCCGCAAGUCCAAGUGGUGGUCGCCCAUCCUGCUGGCGGUGCGCAACGAGGAGACGGGGUCCCUCGAGGCCGUGUGCAAGUGCAUGUCCGGCUUCACCGACGCCUUCUACAAGGCCAACAGGGAGUUCUACGACGACGACGGUGAGCAGGGGAAGAACACGCACGCCCGCAAGCCCGGGUUCGUCGAGUACGCGGGCCAUCCAGACGUCUGGUUCGAGCCGCAGGAGGUCUGGGAGGUCGGGUUCGCCGACAUCACGCUCAGCCCGACGUACACCGCGGCCAUCGGCCUGGCCAGCGAGGAGAGGGGGCUCAGCCUGCGGUUCCCGCGGUUCCUGAGGAAGCGUGAGGAUAAGGGCAUCGACGAGGCGAGCACGAGCGAAUUCCUGGCCGGGCUGUGGAGGAAGCAGGAGGCGAAGACACCGACGGCGAAUAAGAAUGAUGUUGCGGAGGAGGCCUUCAAGGAAGAGGAUUGAUGAGCCGUUAUUUUACGUGGCGGAUGCUCCUAUCUUCUAACUCCCGAAAGCCGAAAACUAAGACCCCAUGUCGGUUCGCCCUUACUCCUUCCAUGCGCGAUACACGAUGUGGCACCCGUACUUCUCACCCUUCUUCAACAGCAUCUGGCCCUUCCAUCCAUCGACAUUGCAAGCAUUCACGUAGCGGCUGGGCUCGACGCAGAAACCACUGCGCUUGCCCCGGGCCGCAACGCCGGCCACCUCGGGGACAUCGAUAUACUUGCCCGUGUAGAACUGGAAGGCGGGCUCGGUGCUGUGCACUUCCAGGUUGAUCUUGGAGCUGGGGUGG